CCGAAAGCAUAGGGUGACCGAGCGGGGGAUCGGGACUCUGGUCUUAAAAUCUCGCCUUGGCUAUGCAGCUCGCACGAACCACGACGAAGUGAUUCGUUAUGGUGGAACCCGAGCUGUAACCUGGAGGCGAGUCUCCAUUUUGGCAGAGGAUAAGGAGGUGACCCGAAUGAGAGCCUUAUUCUCAAUGGUCCAGAAUGGACAUCUCAACCCCCUAAUAUGGAUGAUCCCGGACGGUAGAACCGGACGGCAUGCAUCGGAAUUAUGGGUUUGGAAGAUGGCAGGCAUUAAACGAACUGUUAAAAUGCCUUGCAAAAGGGGAAAUCAUGGACGGCCAAAGACGAUAACCCGAACAGGUUAUAUCGGACUCAGGCUUGGAAGGCAGCAGGCAUUAAACACUGAUGACUUGCGUGUUCGAGGAACCACGUACAGCCGACGGAGAUGAACCGAACGGCUUGCAUCUGAAUCUUGGUGCUUACUUGUGGC